AUGAACUUCCUCCGUCGCCGUCUCUCGGACAGCAGCUUCAUGUCUAACCUGCCCAAUGGAUACAUGACAGAUCUCCAGAGGCCUGACCCACCUGCUCCUGUUCCCCCCACUGCCACCUCCCCUUCCCAGCAGGGGGCACCUCCAGCCACGGCGCCUGCCCCUGCCCAGUCCCCGACCAAAGCUCCAGCACCAGCCCAGGCUCCAGCCAGCUCGCCCGCAACUCAGGAGCGCCGCCUGAGCCAGCUUGCUCAGCAGCCUCAACAGGCCCAGUCCUCCUCCUCCUCCUCCGGCGGCUCCUCUGGCUUCUUCAGCUCCUUCAGCUCCAUCACCAAUGCGGUCAAACAGACAGCUGCAUCCGCUGCCGGGUUUGUGGAGCAGUCGGCGCCCUCUCCCUCCCUGUCCAAGAAGUUCAAGAUCCUGUUGGUCAUCGAUGAGCCCCAGCAUGAGUGGGCCAAAGUGUUUCGGGGAAAGAAGGUCCUUGGGGACUAUGACAUCAAAGUGGAGCAGGCUGAGUUCUCAGAGGUCAACCUCGUCUCACAUUCAAAUAGCACCUGUAACGUGGACAUGCAGGUCAUUAGGGGCGGGACUAAAGUGGUCAGGUCUUUUAAGCCCGACUUUGUCUUGGUGCGCCAGCACGCCUUCAGCAUGGCCCAGAACGAGGAUUUUAGGAACCUGAUCAUCGGUCUGCAGUAUGCAGGCAUCCCCUCAGUCAACUCCCUGGACUCCAUCUACAACCUCUGUGACAAACCCUGGGCUUUCUCCCAGCUGAUCAAUAAUCAGAAGAGGCUGGGUUCAGAUAAGUUCCCUCUCAUUGAUCAGACUUUCUACCCCAACUAUAAAGACAUGAUUACAACACCAAGUUUCCCAGUAGUGGUGAAGAUCGGACAUGCCCACUCUGGAAUGGGAAAGGUCAAAGUGGACAACGUGAGCGACUUCCAGGACAUUGCAAGUGUGGUGGCCAUCACUCAGACCUACUGCACCACAGAGCCAUUUAUAGACGCCAAGUACGACAUCAGGGUCCAGAAGAUUGGCGCUGACUAUAAAGCAUACAUGCGAACAUCCAUCUCUGGUAAUUGGAAGAGCAACACUGGAUCUGCCAUGUUGGAACAAGUAGCCAUGACUGACAAGUACAAGCUAUGGGUUGAUACCUGCGCGGAGAUCUUCGGAGGGCUGGAUAUCUGUGCCGUCAAAGCCAUCUGUGGCAAGGAUGGUAAUGACUACAUUACUGAGGUUGUGGGUUCAUCUAUGCAGCUGAUUGGUGAUCACCAGGUGGAGGACCGCCAGCUCAUCUCAGAGGUGGUGCAGGCUAAGAUGAAUCAAGCUCUGGUUACCAGGUCAGCGAGUGUUUCCCGCUCACCUGCUCGCUCCCCUCAAGGCCAGAAGCCAACUACUGUGCAGCCCCAACAGAGUGCUGCCCUGAAGGAAGGACUGGCAGAUCCAAACAGGACCUCGGGCCAGCGCCCUCAACCUCAAGGUGCACCAGUGAAAUCACAGAGUGUAGAGCAAUCAUCAGAGUCAGCUAAGAGAGCAUCUGAACCAGUACCAAAGCCCAUCCAGGCCCAGAAACCUGUUCCAGGUCCAGCUCAGAAACCAGUUCAGGCUCAGAAGCCGGGUCCAGUCCAGAGGGCCGGCUCAGUCAACAAGCCUCCAGUGCCAAGGCCUCCCCCAAUGACAAGAGCCCCAUCCGUCACAAAGUCAACCCCGGGCUCUGCUUCUUCAACAGCCCCAGCCAAAGCUUCACCGUCAUCCCCGGCUAAAGCUUCACCAUCAUCCCCUAAAGCAGCCGCAGCAGCUCCGGCUUCUCCCCCAACCAAAGCAGCAGCACCAGCAGCAGCAGCAGCAGCACCACCUGCAGCCUCCCCUCCUGCUCCAGCACCAGCUGCAGCUACUCCCCCAGCCGCAGCUCCUACCACAGAGCAGCCCAAGCCCCAGCCUCAGGGCUCCCCAUCCCCAGCUCCUGGCAAACCCAAAGAGCUGCCUCCUAAACCCACACCACCUGCAAAACCAAUCCCUCCGGUACGCAGGAAUUCAAAGCCACAGAUCCAGCCAAAGCCACAAACCCCACCUCUUCCCAAAGCUUUGCCCAAACCUCAACCUGCCGUCGAAGCCCCAGCACCCACUCAGGCCUCAGAUGCUGCCUCAGCCCCUGCCCCAGCACAGGUUCAGUCCCCAGCCAAAGUCAGCCAGUCCCCACCUAAUGUCCAGUCUCCAGCCAAGGCUCAGCCCCAGGCUAAGCCGCCCUCUCCUUCCCCAAACCCCGAGCCUGUCCCAGCUGAAGCAGCCGCUGCCCCCGCUGAGGGUCAGGCCCCUGUGGACGAACAGCCAGGAUCCCAGCAGAAGACCCAUCCUCUGCUGAAUAAGUCCCAGUCCCUGACCAAUGCCUUCAACGCCUUCAGCGACUCCUCUUUCUUCCGCGGGGUCUCGAGCUCCGGAGGUGAUGGCCAAGAAGAGGCGAAGGCCGAGACCAUCCGCAACCUCCGAAAGUCCUUCGCCAGCCUUUUCUCUGACUAGUCACAGCCGAAACCCGUAGUCAGCUCCUUACUGAUUCUGGCCCACCCCCAUUUAACUAUUGGCCAGUGAUGACUUGAUUGACAUUAAAUGUGAACCAGUCUGAGAUUAAACUUUGUGUGUUAACUGUACUGUAUCCCCUCCAUUCCCGUCCCUCUUCUCCUCCCUUUUCAGCCUCACUGUGUGAGUAACAGUGAGGCCUGCUGGGAUAUUCAGCUAAUGAUGCUGUGCCAGAGUAAUUGGACUGAAGGAGUUACGUCAUUGAUACAGAACAGAACAGAAUAGAAUAGAAUAGAAUAGAAUAGAAUAGAAUAGAAUAGAAUAGAAUAGAAUAGAAUAGAACGGAUGAAAAAAAUGUCUAUUUUUCCCAGAGCACACUUUAAGAAUCACAGUAUAUGGAAAGUAUAACAGUAUAGAUGGAAUGUAAAUACAGUAUAUAUACAUAUAUAUAUAUAUAUAUAUACAGUAUAUAAAUACAAGCAUAUAUAACUAAAUGGGAAAUAAGCCAAUAAUAAUAAUUUAAAAAAUCCAGUAGCUUGUUUCAAUCAGCUGUUGUCAGUGACAUAACUCUUUCAUUCAGUGGCUGGAUUCAUACACGUUUUUAAAAAAAUAUAUUAGAUAUUUGACAUUUGAUGGUUUCUCCCACAGUGAAUCAAUUUUGAUCAUUAAGUGAAAGUAUGUGAGUAAAAAAAAAAGUUUAAAAAAAACAAUCUUUCCUGUGUAAAUCCAGCCGUUGUGUGUCUGGUCCUUGGCCACUGUCUACUGGGCUCAUCAUUGCUGCCCCCUUUUUUCUGUCUUACAAGCCUUGAAGUUCAUUGUCGUGUGAGGGAGUUGGAAAUAUGUGUAUGUUCCUCUGUGUUCAAUUGUUAUGCAUGGCUCCUCCAAGUGGCUCGGUGUGACUUUUGGAGCAGGUGGGAGCUCUAUCAGUGUUGAGUUUUCCCUCCGUUUGCCUCUUUCUCCUUCUCUCUCUCCUUCUCUAUCUCUCUCUCUGUCUCUCUCUCUCUCUCUCUCUCUCUCUCUCUCUCUCUCUCUCUCUCUAGAUGUUGUAGCCUUAUUGUGAACAUGUUUUCAAAUCACAGCUACAUGUGUUAGCUGUGCAGGCCUGGGUCGAUUACAACUCGAAAUCCAUUCAUUUGCUUCAAGUGUUUGAAUGCUGAAGUAUUGAUUGCAUCGUGUAACUUUGGGUGCAUUGGGGAUUUGGCCCAGAGCACCAGACUGAAUAAAUCAAUCCUUAAAAGUAAGUGAAUGCAAUUUCGAAGAGUAAAAAAGACUCAUGUCUGUCGCUGUAACUGGUGAUCUCUUGUUUCACCUCUGUGUAGAUCUAUCAACAGUAUUGUAAUUUGUUGAUUAUUCUCAUGAAAAAGACAUUGAGACAGUAGUGCAAUAACACCUCAACAUGACUGUUGAGCGCUGUCACCCCAUUAUAAAUAUAAGUAUGACCAUACAUACAGGACAUGUGUAUCUGUUAAAUACCUUAUUCUUACAUUCCCUUUAAGGUUCCGUUCAGUGGCGACUUUCCAGGUUGCUUUGCGCUGCAGUCAGAAGCUGACUUUCAGAUUAAUACGCCAUAUUAAGCUGUUGGUUUUUUCUGACGGACCUUGUUUUUAUCGUGGGACUGAAUUUAAGGCAACCUGGAAUGAACCCAGCACCUUGACUGGUCAGUUUCAGUUGAGUUGCUGCAUUUCAAGUUAAGUAAAAAGUAAAAAAAAACAAAAACAAAAAACAACUUAAAAACCGCAUAUCAACCUGUCUGCUUAUCCACCUCCAGUACUAUGUUGAAAGUAAAAUUAUAACAUAUUGUAUUUGUACGUAUGUAUGUAUGUGUCAUCUCAGGAGUUUAUUUUUUGUAAUAUAUUGAUCGAUUUAUUUAUUUUUUUGAGGCUCCAUAUUUAUGGUACAGUAUAUAUAUUGUUUGUUUUGUAUUGUGUUUUUAUUUGUAACGCAAUACUGCUUUGCAUGAUCUGGUGACUGGUAAUGUUUUUGGUUUUUUUCUGUACAGAUAAAAAGUUAAUAAAGAUGUGGUUCCAUCAUUCCACUGAUUCACUAAGUAA